AAUAGAAUUCCUGACAUAGUGUACACAUUUCAAGUAACAGGCAUGAGUCCCCAGUUUGGUUCACUCUAUGGUGGCACAGAUCUCUUUAUUACCGGAAGAGGUUUCAGUACAAAAACUGCAAUAAUGAAUGUUUCAGUUGGACCUCACAAAUGUGACAUUUCAGAGAUUUCUCAGACUAGCAUCAAAUGUCGCAUAGCCAACACUGGAAAACGUAUUGAUAUAUCAGCUACUGGAGUUCAUAAAGGUAAAGAUUCAUAAUAAAACUAUUUAUUUUUAUUUGUUUUUAUUAAGCUUUUUUAAAUGACAGAUAAUCAUGAAGUUAUAUAAUAUUUUUACAAUUAUUAUUAAAUUAGUGUUUAUUUAAGAAAAACAAAAACAUUAAUUUUCUUUCAAAAACAAAAUUUUUAUCAUUAUAAAACUGUCAUUUAUACACAGUUUAUGGCCAAGGCUAUGCUUGGGACAAGGAUCCAGUCAUGAUAGGAGUUGGGGACUACAUCACAUGGCAUUGGGAAACACCUCAAUAUGUAUCAGAUGUGAGUUACAGCGUCCAGCAAACUGCUACACCCUCUGAUUUUCAGAACAUGCCUGGAGGAUUUAGCUCAGGGCCAAAUACCAGGAAAGGUAAUGUUAUAAUGACAAAUUAG